AUGGAAGAACGAACAAAAACGAGAAUAAAAAGAGUAAUGGAGUCGCCAUACAACGUUAAUAUAACUCCAUUAGAUCAAGAUAAAAGUAGCAAAAUACUUAAAUUGUUAUUCGAAGUUAUUAGCAAAGAUAAAUCAUUAGCAAGCCUGUUUCUAAAGCAUGACGAAAUAAAAGAUGGCUUAGACGAUGAUAAGAUCGAGGCCAUCAUAUUGAUUAAAACUGUUCAGUAUGAAAAGUUUUAUAAGCAUAUUCCCAUAAUAGCCUCAUUAAAGAAUGUACAUUUUGUUUUGAUCGAAAAAGAAUAUAUUGAAUCAAGCGGAUUUAAUUGUUUAAAUAAUCCUAGUUUAAUUGGGAUAAAAAAAACGGAAAAUAAAAAUAAUGAAUUGUCUAAUUUACAUGAACAAAUAAAUAAUUUAACAAAAUUAAUAAACUCUUAUUAUACACCCAUAAAUAUUCCAUACUUAUUUAAUAAUACAAAAUAUAUCAAUACCAAAUUUAAAGUCGAAAAGGUAAAAGGGAAAUAUUAUGGCAAAAACUUAUCAAGAAAAGAAAAAAAAAAAAUUAGAAAAUCAAUAAAAAAAAAUAACAUAUAG